AAACUACGGCGUUUUAUUGCCACCGAAGUGAGAAGAACCCUGGAUCAAGUCAAGAUCAUGAGUCCCGAGCGAAUAUUGAGCGAGGUGCGACAUGAGCGUUUGUUCGGGUGCGUGGAAGUAGAUAUUCGUGUACCAGAUCACUUAAAGGAAAAGUUUAGUGAAAUGUGCCCGAUCUUCAAGAACACAGAAAUCAGCCGCGAUGAUAUUGGUGAAUUUAUGAAAGCGUACGCCGAGGAGCACAACAUCAUGGCUCAACCCCAUCGCAGUUUGAUUGGGAGCAUGAAAGGAGAAAAGAUCCUGCUGGCCACACCCCUCCUCAAGUGGUACCUGGAACAUGGUUUAAAGGUCACGAAAGUGCACCAAGUGAUCGAGUUCACCCCUUAACCCUGCUGCAAACCGUUUGGGGAUGCGGUGUCAGACGCGAGGAGAGCCGGAGAUGCGGACCCCAGUAAAGCCAUCAUUGCAGAUACCAUGAAAUUGGUAAGUUUUUUGUUUCAUUCUUUCAUUCAUAAAGGGGUGGGAACGAUAUACAUUUUCACGUAUAGAAAAAACAUAUCUUUGUUUAUCUCUCAGGUGGGCAAUUCAGGCUAUGGUAAGACGAUCACCAACCAACUGAAACACAGAAACGUGGAGUAUUGCAGUGACGCUCAGGCCAGCCGAAAAGUGAACACCCACCUUUUCGGUAAACUAGAAAACAUCACUGAAGAUACUUUUGAAGUGCAGUCUUGCAAAAAAUCCAUUAAAUUAAAUCUACCCAUUCCAGUAGGCUUUUUUGUGUACCAGUAUGCCAAACUUCGCAUGCUACAGUUUUAUUAUGAUUUCUUAGACAAAUACCUAAACCGCUCAGAUUUCCAAAUGUGUGAAAUGAAUACAGAUUCAGCGUAUAUUGCCAUUGCAGGGGAUAGUGUUGAGUCUUUGGUCAAAUCAGAAUUGAAAGCAGAGUUUGAAGCUGAUAAAUGUAACUGGUUUCCCAGUACCGACACUGCGGAGCAUAAGGCCUAUGAUAAGAGAAAGCCAGGUCUUUUUAAAGUUGAGUGGGAGGGACAAGGAAUCGUGGGUUUAUGUUCCAAAACCUACUACUGUUUUGGAGCCAAAGAUAAGUUUAGUUGUAAGGGUGUCAAUAAGAAAUGCAAUGACAUUAACAAAGAUAAAUACCUUAAUGUCUUACUUACAAAACAAAAUAGUGCUGGGGUGAAUCGAGGGUUCAGAGUUGUAAAUAAUACUAUGUACACUUAUACCCAGGUCAGAGAUGCCUUUUCGUACUUUUACCCGAAACGUAAAGUUUUGGCUGAUGGAGUUAGCACCACUCCACUCGACAUUUAA